GUGACAGACACGGGAGAGAGGAGGGACACCUUGUUGACCCAUCUCUCUUAGUACAUUUGCUACCGCGCCACAAUGUCACUGCCGAGGCUGCAAACUGAGUGGGAAGAGACUGACCAAGAAUAUCAACAAUUACAGGAAACUCACAAAGUAUAUAGACAAAAACUUGAGGAACUAACCAACCUUCAGGCAACAUGCAGCAGUGCCAUCAGUAAACAGAGAAAAUGCCUAAAAGACCUAAGGCACAGCCUGGCGAAAUGUGUUCAAACAUGUGAUGAGAAAGAAUUAAAACGAGUAACGGACAUCCAAAUGCAAAUCAAAGAGAAAGAAAAUGUCUUCUUUGAUAUGGAAGCAUAUUUGCCUAAGAAGAAUGGGUUGUAUCUAAAUUUGGUCCUUGGCAACGUAAAUGUAACACUUCUCAGCAACCAGGCAAAAUUUGCCUACAAAGAUGAGUACGAGAAGUUCAAGCUUUGUAUGACAAUAAUUCUGAUGUUUGGGGCCAUAACCUGCCUCUUCUUUCUCAAUUAUCGUGUCACAGAUGAAAUCUUCAACUUUUUGCUGGUUUGGUACUACUGCACAUUGACCAUAAGGGAAAGCAUCCUCAUGAGCAAUGGCUCUAGGAUUAAAGGGUGGUGGGUGUCACACCAUUAUGUAUCCACCUUUCUGUCAGGUGUUAUGCUUACCUGGCCAGAGGGGCCCAUGUAUCAGAUGUUUAGAAGCCAAUUUCUAGCUUUCUCCAUCUAUCAAAGCUUUGUUCAGUUCCUCCAGUAUUACUACCAGAGUGGCUGCUUGUACAGGUUGCGAGCUUUGGGAGAGAGAAAUCAGCUGGAUCUCACAGUGGAGGGAUUUCAGUCCUGGAUGUGGAGAGGCCUCACUUUUCUUUUGCCAUUCCUCUUUUUUGGCCAUUUCUGGCAGCUGUACAACUCAGUGACCCUGUUUCGCUUGGCAGGACAUGACGACUGUAAGGAGUGGCAGGUAUUUAUGCUGGCACUGACAUUUCUUGUCCUGUUCCUGGGGAAUUUUCUCACCACGGUAAAAGUUGUUCACCAAAAAUUUCAGAAAAACCAAGAGAAAGUACAGAAGAAUGACUGAGAAAGAGCUUUAGAAGACCACUCAAGUUUUCCAGACGGCCAGUAACUUUGAAGCAAACGAUGACACGUACAGUUGUUUAACAGACUGACCACUUUAAGACAGUGCCAGGAGAACAUAAAGCUGAGCCCACUGUUUCUCUCAGGCUUUGAUGGCAGCAGCAACAUCUAGCCAAAGUAUUUGUUGAACAGGCUUUUGCUUUCUUAUGACUUCAUGUUGUCGUUGCUGCACACCCAACUUUUACACAAAGUUGUAUUCACCCGACAGAUGAACCACUGGAAUCCUUAAGUCUGUCACUCUAUUCUGUAGAUGGAAAGUGACAGAGUGUGUUUUAUUUGGGUGUUUAUGUUUGUGUCAGUGCAUGAAUCUGUACAAGAGCCUCUUGUUCAAAUGAUAUGCAACAUCGGGUAGGUAGCAUCGAUUCAUCAGAACAGUAGAGUUUGCCUUUGAAGACUGAAGUCUGUCAUGUAGAUACUUCAUACUUCUGUGAAGUAGUAGUGGUCAACCUGUCUCUCUGGGUGGAACAAAUUUGACUACAUACAGUAUGGCACAGCGUUCCAUUAUUUGUAUAGUCCAGCUUUUUAUAUAUGUUGUGCUUAACUCCCUGUUGCGCUUUUUGCAGUGUUCCUUUUUUUUUUUUUUUUUUUUUUUUACUCAUCUUGACAAUAUCAGAUGUGGAUCCAUAAAUUUUAAUACACUAAAUCACACACACAAAGAAACCAGACAGCUUUUUGCCCACCACUGUGGUUCCAGCAACACUGGUAGUUCCUUCAGGUGGUCGUCACAAAGCCAUAGAUUUUUGGUACUAUCCAAAGUGUGAUCAUGGUUAUUUCUCAAAGCCCAGCUAACUGUUGAAAGGAAAUCUUCAUUUCUAAUUCUUAGCAGGAGUUAUACUGUAUAUCACAGCAUUGCUCAGUUGUCAUUUUCCUGAUGCUAACAAAUCAUAAUUUGAAUGUGGGUUGUUUUUCUUACUGGUGGUCAAAGAAAUGUUGAAAUCCAGUUUAAACUUAAAAUGCAUAUACAGAGAUUACUGUGCUGAGAACAGCUGUUCCCAUCAUGUAAGGUUUGUUAAAAAUGUAUCAAGAUCAAAAUGCUGCUAUUGGCACUGGUAUUUCAAGACUAUUCAGAAAGAUGACAAAUGUGCUGGAUUGUUAUUUUUGUAAUUGCCACCAAUAAACAUCAUUAAUUUUUUGUAUCAGUUAA